GUGUACGUGGCCGCCUUCGCCGUGUCCGCCUACGCCUCCACCUACUACCGGGCGGGCAGCAAACCCUUCAACCCCGUGCUGGGCGAGACCUACGAGUGCGUGCGGCCCGACCGCGGCUUCCGCUUCAUCAGCGAGCAGGUGUCCCACCACCCCCCAAUCUCCGCCUGCCACGCUGAGUCCGACAACUUUGUCUUCUGGCAAGACAUGAGGUGGAAGAACAAAUUCUGGGGCAAAUCCCUGGAGAUCGUCCCCAUGGGCACCGUCAAUGUCCAGCUGCCCAGGACCGGGGACCACUACGAGUGGAACAAGGUGACCACGUGCAUCCACAACGUGCUGAGCGGGCCGCGCUGGAUCGAGCACUACGGGGAGGUGCUGAUCCGCAACACCCGCGACGCCUCCUACCACUGCAAGCUCACCUUCUGCAAGGCCCGGUACUGGGGCGCGGGGGCCAACGAGGUGCAGGGCGCCGUGCUGAGCCGCAGCGGGACGGCCGUGGAGCGCCUGGCGGGCAAGUGGCACGAGGGGCUGCACCGCGGGCCCGCCCCGGGCCACUGCGUCUGGAGAGCCAACCCCAUGCCCCGCGACCACGAGAGGAGCUACGGCUUCACGCAGUUCGCGCUGGAGCUGAACGAGCUGACGCCGGAGCUGCGCCGCGUGCUGCCCUCCACGGACACGCGCCUGCGGCCGGACCAGCGGUACCUGGAGGAGGGGAACGUGCCGGCGGCCGAGGCGCAGAAGCGGCAGAUCGAGCAGCUGCAGCGGGACCGGCGCCGCGUCAUGGAGGAGAACAACAUCACCCACCAGGCACGCUUCUUCAGGUCUGGGGGCUGCCGGGGCUGGGUCGGGGGCAUGGGGAGACCUUCCGGGGGUCCUGAGGGCAGCUCGUGGCUCAGGGGAU